CUUCUCAUUCUUUUCCUUACUCACAGAGAACAAAAAACAGAGAGAGAAAAACUUGAAGCUGAAAGCAACAAUGGAGUUACGGUUUGUAUCACAGUUCGUCUUCAGCAUUCUCGUUAUCACGCUUCUUUUUUCUCUCAAUCUCACCAAUGCAAUCGAUCAUAAUGAAUCGAGUGUUGUUGAUGGAGAAGAGAAGCUACAGAUGCAGAGCUUGAAGAAUUCGUCAAUGGCGGAAAGUUUAAGUGAUGCUUUGAACGAGCAUGCUGUUGAUAAUCCAGAGGAACUUGCUUCCAUGGUAGAUACGACUAUACGCAAUCACACGGAGAGAAGGAGUCUGAGUUUUUUCUCAUGUGGGACUGGAAAUCCAAUGGAUGACUGCUGGCGCUGUGACAGACGUUGGUCCUUCCGGCGAAAGAGGUUGGCUGAUUGCGCCAUUGGUUUCGGUCGCAAUGCCAUCGGUGGUCGUGAUGGAAAGUACUAUGUUGUGUCGGACCCAAAAGACGAUGACCCCGUGAACCCAAGACCGGGCACUCUCCGUCACGCUGUCAUUCAAGAUAGGCCAUUAUGGAUCGUGUUCAAGAGAGACAUGGUGAUCACUCUGAAGCAAGAACUGAUCAUGAACAGCUUUAAGACCAUUGAUGGUCGUGGUGCCAACGUUCAUAUUGCAUUUGGAGCCUGCAUUACAAUUCAGUUUAUCACCAAUGUCAUCAUCCAUGGUGUUCAUAUUCAUGAUUGUAAGCCUACUGGGAAUGCUAUGGUUCGUAGCUCCCCUUCCCAUUUUGGAUGGAGGACAAUGGCUGAUGGUGAUGGCAUUUCCAUCUUUGGUUCCAGUCAUAUUUGGAUUGACCACAACUCUCUUUCCAAUUGCGCUGAUGGUCUUGUUGAUGCUAUUAUGGGUUCCACUGCCAUUACUAUUUCCAAUAACUAUUUCACCCACCACAAUGAGGUUAUACUAUUGGGUCACAGUGACUCGUAUGUCCGUGACAAGCAGAUGCAAGUAACCAUUGCAUACAACCAUUUUGGGGAGGGCCUUAUCCAAAGGAUGCCUAGGUGCAGACAUGGGUAUUUCCAUGUGGUAAACAAUGACUAUACCCAUUGGGAGAUGUAUGCCAUUGGAGGUAGUGCUGAACCCACAAUUAACAGCCAAGGAAACAGAUACCUUGCUCCUCAGAACCCUUUUGCUAAGGAGGUAACAAAGAGGGUGGAUACAGGGUCCGGCAUAUGGAAAGGUUGGAAUUGGAGGUCUGAGGGAGACCUUUUGCUAAAUGGAGCCUUUUUCAUUCCAUCAGGAGCAGAAGCUGGAGCAAGCUAUGCUAGAGCCUCAAGUUUAGGGGCCAAAUCAUCUUCUCUAGUAGGCUCCUUAACCUCAAGUGCUGGAGUUAUUAGCUGUCGCAGGGGUGGCGUGUGUUAAUACAAAACACUAUCAACAAUCAAAGGAGUAAAGGGAAAAUCACUAAAGCAAAUUGAAAAAAGAAAAAGAAAAGGAGACAUAGAAAAACAUAAAGGAAUGGAAGAAAGAAAAGUUUUCAUUCUUUUCUCUUAUUAUUGCAUUGUUAUAUAGAUGUAUUGGACUGGAUUGGAUGAGUAUGCAAUUGUAGCAAAUUGUUUGUCUUGCCGACAGUUAGAUAUUGGGGGUAAAAAUUGUACAUUUAUAAGAACUGUUAUUGGAUUGAUAACAAUGAUUGCUUAGAAGCCCUUUCUCACUUUUGGAGACUGGCUAUUGCAAGAGAUUUCCCUUUAAUUUUCUAAGGGAUUCAAAAUCUAUUUUACUCU